AUGGACGACCGGGGCUGGGGGGCCGUCGGCUGGGAGUCUGCUGGCGGUUCUACGAUGGCUGGCUGUCGCUGGCGGUCUAUACUUGGACGAAGAAGAAACGAGCUAGCGACCUUGUCUUCUUCUGCUGCUGCCAGUCGUGCGCGCUUCUUCUCUUCUUCUUUCUCCGGCUUCGCUACACAUUCCACCAAAUUCUCCCUUCAUCCGCUGCAAAGCAACCAGAUAGACAGACCUACGAUGGCUCCUGAGCUGAGAAAACGCAAGGCGCCGGCUCCUGCUCCAGUGGCAGAGCCAAAGGCGAAGAGAGGAUCCAAGGCCGGCGCCAAAGCUGAGCCCAAGAAGGCCGCGCCCAAGGAGAAGAAGGCUGCCGCCGCCGCCGCCGCUGCUGCUCCUCCUGCUGAGCCUGAGAAGGCCGACAAGAAGGAAGAGAAGAAGGAAGAAGAAACCGAGGAGAAGAAGGAGGAGGAAAAGAAAGAGGACAAAGGUGAAGAAGCUGAGGAGAAAGCUGCCGGCUGUGUCCCUGAAGAAGGCGACGUCCUCGACCUCAGCCAGUUCGAGAUCGAGAUCGAGCUCAACGACGGCACAAAGACAUCCUUCAGAAAGCUGCUGGAGGAGAGCAAAGAGGGCGUCGUC